GAUCGCAUUAUGAUAAAUAACGCGAUUUUCUAAAGUCGAUUCUGGUGGAUCCGUGAGCAGUUUACAAGUGUGUCGCAAUUACCGUGAAUCGAUUCAGAGGUUUGUUUUUAGAAUGGAAUCGAUUCCUGCAGCCUGCAGUGGAGGCCCGAGGUGAGUGUGUGGUCACGUGACCGUGAUGUCUCCCCCCACGAGUGAGCGGGACCUGGGGGCAGUAGCGGGCUCGGCUGGGGGUGCAGCACGGAGAGGGGGACCCGGGGGGGGCACGGCCCCUUCCCUGCUCUCUCUGCUGUCCCCACAGGACCGCGAACUGGACCUGGUGGUGCUCGAUCACAGCUACGCGAGGCCCUGGAGCGCGCACCCGGACGCGGGGCACACACGCCCCCCUCGCCUCCUCUUCAUGCGUAAACGCAGACUGCAGCAGCAGCAGGCGCUUGUGGUGGAUGAGCUGGUGAACGUGGAGAGCGUGGAGCCGCCCCCGCUCGCCCCCGCGGCACUGGGCGACUCCGCCAAGGCUCGCUCGGUGAUGAACGAGUGCCAGCGUCACGUGACAUUUGCUCGCUCGCACUCCGAGGCCGCUCCCCCACCUCCCGAUGAGUGGGAGGACAGCGUCAGCAGGCUGGGGUGGAGCAUCAGCCAGAACAAGUUGUUCACGAAGGUGGUGAAAGCCCUGCAGGCCGAUCGGCUCACUCGUCUCGCCUACCAAGGGGUGAGUGGCGAGGCGGUGCUGCGCCGCGCUGCUGUGGACCGUUGUGCAAGCCGCGUACGCGCUGCGCUUGCGAGCUGUGGCUGGGAGCCACGACUGACCCAGUGGCUCCAUGCAACGCUCAUUGACUCUCUGAGCGUCGCAGCACUCUCCUCCUACCUCGACGUGCUGCAGACGCUACGCUCCAAGGUCCCGUCGCUGGUGGACCGCAUGAUCGCCCCGUCCACUACCAAGUCGGAGGCCACGAGCGCCGAGGCGCUGUCCCUCCUCCUCAAGCGCCCGUGGGACCCCGCAGUGGGACUCCUGUCUCAAUACAAACCGGUGAAGCUGCUGGGUGCCCCCCUCCUCCUCGUCGCCCCCAGUGGCCCUACCGCCUCCACGGCUGCUGCCGCCGCAUCGCGACGCCUACGCUUCUGGAAUUCACAGCUCUCGUGCCUGGGCAAGGUGGUGCCAGUCACUAUGCACACCACGAGUGGUGGCGCUGGCUUCAGUGUGGGACAGUGUCUGGAGCACAUGGUGGGCGCCGUCAGGACCAAAGUUCUGGAGCUUCAGCACCACUUCCCAAACCGACCGGUAGUUCUAAUUGGCUGGAACGUGGGAGCACUGGUGGCAUGUCACGUGUCUCUAAUGGAGAGCGUCUCAGCUGUUGUCUGCCUCGGCUUCCCACUCUUCACCACAGAGGGCGAGAGAGGGGAUGUGGAUGACCCUCUGCUGGAGCUGCGAGUCCCAACGCUGUUUGUGAUUGGUCAGCGCUCAACCCUCAGCUCGCCUGCCGCCAUGGACGAGUUCCGCGAGCGACUCCGCGCUCACAGCGGCCUCGUCAUCGUCGGGGGCGCCGACUCGAGUCUCCGGAUGAACAAGACUAAGCGACGGUUGGAGGGUCUCACACAAAGCAUGGUGGAUCGCUGCAUUCAGGAUGAAAUCUCAGACUUCCUCUCCUGGGUGCUGGGUCGCGCUGCCUCCGCCCAUGUGGGCCCCGACCCCCCAGGGGGCGAUGGGGGCGCGGGGGGCGGUGGGGGCGAUGCGGGUGGCCGGAGAAAGGGAGGGGGCGGCGGGGGGGGCGGGAGAGAUGCCCGGAGAGACCUCUCGGCAGAGAUGCAGGAGAGGGCCCCCCAAUCGGCCUUCUCCAUUUACCGGACUGCACAGGGAGCAACGGGGCUGAGCUCAGCGCCAGUGGGGGGUGGUGUCGGGGGCACCCGAGUGAGGCUGUGCGGUGGCACGGCGGGGCUGGUUUCGCCGGCACUGUCGUCCGCUCUGGGCCUCUCCUCCGCCGAGGUGAAGGCGUCGCUCCUGGCAUCGGGCUCCGGCGCCCACUACGCCAGCCUCGUGCGCAACAGCCUGCAGCGCGCCGGGGGCAACGCUCUCUCCCGUGAGUGGGAGGCAGCCGGCGAGCGAGCGCGAGGGGCUCAAUUUGCUGCCUUCCUCAAACAAACUCUGGACAAAAAACCUCCAUCUAGCCCCGCCUACGUGUUCGUUCCCGUGAGCUCUGACACUGGUGUUCACGACGGUGACGACAAAAACUCUCGCAAGCGGCGCCAUGGAGCAGGACCCUCCCGCGUAGGAGGACCCGGGGCUGCGGGGGGCACGGGGGGUGGGAGGGGGGCAGGAGGCAGUGGAGGAGCGGGUGGGCUGAGUAAGCGCGCACGACCCAGCGGGGUGGACAUGUCGGCGCAAGCCGUGGUGGACCCGGGGCAUGCCGGGGGCACCGCGAGCCCGAUCGGCGGGCAGGCGGCCACCAGCACACUGGAGGGGCCCCCCAGAAGGUCACCCCCUGUGUCAGGAGUGAAGGAGCUCUCUGAUUUGGUAAUGAUGGGGGGCAGCAACAGCAGCACAGCCUCGACACGCACGCACGGACCCUCGCCAGGAGUGGCAGGCAGUCUGCUGCAAGGUUUGAGCUUUAGUCUGCAUGAAAUUGGGGGGGGGCCCGGAGCUUCCACCCCCCACACACGCACACAAAUGUCCGCCAUUCCCCCCACACAGAGUGUGCUGGUACCCCUCGGACCACACAAGCCACCACCCCCCUCCUCCUCUUCCAUCAAGCAGCUGCUUUCUGUGGGGAAACUAUCGACUGGACUGCCCCCUAAGCCCGGUGCAGUGAGACCGGAGGAGACGGAGCGAGAGAGCACCAGGGUGCAAGCGAUCCAGCGUAUGCAGUUCCAUGACUUCCCUCUGACGACGGCCGGGCUCACAGUGCUGGGCACGCCGACCGUCACGCACGCACGCAUCCUGCAGCAGCUCGAGCUCGCCGCUGCCAGCACCGCCACCACCCCCGCCAUCACCGCCACCACUGCCACCAUCACCGGUAUCACCAGCAACUCGACAAUAGUAGCGUCAGCACCGAUGCUGCAAAGGGGCUCUCCGACAGAGGAGGGGGAGGCAGCUGCGUCGGGUGGAGGCGCGACGUCAGGCAGCCCUGGAACUGUGUACGUGGUCUCCAAUGCCAAGCUGAGUGCACUCACUCCUCGACACACCCCAACGCACAUCCCAACACACACUACAACACCCUCCACCAUAAUACUCACAGCACACACCCCAACCCCCGCCACAACACUGACAGCGCACACCCCAACCCCUGCCGCAACACUCGCAGCAUACGCCCCAACACACACCCCAAAAUUUACACACAAACCAGCCCCCGCCACAACGCUCACAGCGCACCCCUCCACUCCCGCCACAACAGUCACAUCGCACACCCCAAACCCCACCUCAUUACACACACCCACACACUCAAAGGAGAGACAUCCCCCAUUGCCAGCCAUCAUCUCCACAAGUCAAAGAGCAUCAGCAGCAGCACAAUCUUCAGCAACAGCAAGUGGUGCACAUGGGGGUGACGAGGUUGGCAUAACGAGGCACUUCAUCCCGUCCCCUGAGCAUGCGUCUCACAAGAUCUCCGAAGCUACAGAAGCCACCACCAACACCACCACCAAUCCUACCACCACCACCAAUCCUACCAACACAACCAUCACCAACAACACAAUCACCACCAACAACACAAUCACCACCAACACCACAAUCACCACCAACACAACCACCACCAACACAACCACCAACACAACAACCACCACUUCCACUACCUCCACCAUCAUAGGCCACAACACCACUGCCUCCCACAACACUCUCGCUCUGACCAUCACUACUACCACCACCACCCACAAUGCUGCCACCAACACUACCGUCACGCUCCCUCGUGUGCCAGUCGCCUCGGCUCACACGUCCAUCGCUCUGUCCAGGCCGCGUCGCUCCUGCACAGCCCCCCAUGGCACCAAACAGCCCUACUGACUCACCACGGUGGGGGGUCCCUGGGUGAGGAGUCAAAUGCGGCUCCCUCGCCAGUUUGUCCCCUCUUGGUAGCCUGCAGCCUGGAUGGCCUCCUCUGGCCUGUGGGCUCCGGGGCAGUUUCACUGUCUGCACGAUUGAUAGCCACACCACUCAAUAAGGAGUGGUGUCGGAUGAGCGAGUGGUGACGGAUGAGUGGUUGGGGAGUAGCUAGGCACAGUAAUCACGAUGUGCAUUUGUCCAGGAGAGUCUCACCGAUUUUUCAAGACUCCCUUUCAGGAGGAUCCUGUUCCACUGGGAUGUUUGGCCAUUAACUUGUUUUAGUGAAAAUUUGGCUUUGUGCGCGAGGAAACCGGAGAAAACGUGGCACACUCUGCACAGAUGCAUUCAAGAAUACGUUUCUGUGCUGUGAUCCUGCCACCUCACAGCGGUUGAGUGGUUGGGCAGUGGUUAAAGUAGUUGAUUGGUUAUUUUAAUGUUGAGCAGUAGCCGAGUUAAAUAUUUGAGUUGUGCUUGAGUGGGGGUUAAAGUUGUGGUUUGGUAGAGGUAAUGCGUUGUGUUUGAGGUUGUGUGUUGCUGCCUCCCACCAACUCAUUACAGUGAUGAUGUAAAUGUUUGUCUGAAAAGCGUCGCGAGUUAAGAUUCUGGAUUGCGUUCCGGUUUCUGUUAUCGACUCAGAUUCUCAAUAAACAUGGAGAAGCGAGA